AUGCUCCCGCCGGGGGCUGCAGGGGGGGCGGCGCGGCUCCCGGGCCGGCGGCGGCUCAGCGCCCGGCCGCGGCGCACGGCAGCAUCCCGGCGGCGGGGGACCGGGGAGGGCGAGGGGCCGGGGAGGGCGAGGGGCCGGCGGGGCUGCGCCUUCUGCACCGCCCGGCUGCACUGUGCGCUCAACUCGCGGGGAGGAGGAGGAGGAGGAGGAGGAGGAGGAGGAAGAGGAGGAGGGAGAGAGGGAGGGAGGCAGGCGGAGGGAGGCAGGAGAACCAGCCCUGCGUGGCGGCGCGGCCAACUUUCCUCCUGCAGCAGGAGCAGCCUCACAUCCCCCGGCGUGUACCCCCUCUCCCCGCGGGGGGGGACACGGCAAAACCCUCCCCUCUCUGCCCCCCAUCUCCUCCUCCUCCUCCUCCUCCUCCUCCCUGGGCCUUCCUCCCAGACAGGGUCUCUCCGCUGCUCCCCACACACCGGAGCUCAGCGCCCCUCCCCGGGGCACCGACUCCCCUCUCCCCCCGCCAACCCCGGCUCCCCGGCUGCCCCCCCCCACCGUGCCCUGCCGCAGAGGCACCCGGUACCGCUCCCCCGGCCACACCGGCACCUGCCAGCACGGAGCCUGAUGCACCAGCUCCCCGAGGCGAUGGGGAAGCUCCAGCAGAUGCUUCAACAUCGAUGGCUCAAGAUGCCGUUGGAAGAUCGCACGCCCGGUUUAGAUCACUGUUUUCCUUCGCCACUGCAGGGAGGGAGGGAGGCACGAGGCCUCAUAGCCCCAGCGCGUUUUCGUUGCCUCCACCUCUCUACUUGGGUCCAGGCUAUGUUCUCUCCCUGCUUGCUUCCUGCUUGUUGUUAUUCAUACUCCCAAAAUAACCCAUGCCAGGCCUUUGCUGAAGGAGAAUGUUCAAGAUUUAAAACACACAUUAACCAACUUGAGCCCGUCUGGGGGAUUUUCAGCAGAAAAUCCCUCCAGCCCCAUUUUUCCCCAUCUUUCACAACAUUUUAGUUCUCUUUCAAACUCUAACUUUUUUUUUCAGUAUAUCUUAGCGAUACUCACAGAAGAUUUUUCUCUCCGUCUAAAUAUCUGUUCCGUUGUUCAUUCCUGACUUGCUUCAGACUUCAGGGAGGUUUUGUGUCUUACAGAAAACAAUCUCUUCCUUAAUGUAAUAGGCACUGGGAGAGAGUAAAUACGUAGUCAACAGAAAAAAAUAGCCCCAAAAUUAUGAUCACCCUGAUUCUCCAAAGUGCUUUUCACCUUUCCUUUUUUGGGAAUGGAAGCCCGUAAAACACAUUCAUUAUGCCUUUACGGAGUAAAGACUUUUAGGAAAAAGACUCUCUUUCUGUUCUUCUUGUACAGGAACGGAACUGUAGGGAGGCUGGCUUGCAACCAAAUGCCUUCUAGCUGCUACAGCGCAAAUUCUUAUCUUCAGGCAUUGCUGCUACUGAGGGGAGAUAUCAGCUGGCUUGGAUGGCUGGUGAAUUCCUGGCAAAAUACAGUUUCUUAGUGACCACAAGUAUUUGUGAAACAGGAUGAAAUGGGGCAAGAUUUCCAAAAGGAUUUGUUGCAUUUUUUCUUGGAAGAAAGAAAUGGCAUUUAUACAGAAUGGAGCGAGGAAGGGAUUUCUGGGUCAUCAAGUCAAAUUUUCUGGCUUGCAGGCAGCCACAUUCUGUGAUCCUAUUUGCUUCUUUCUGACACUUCCGAAAUGAAGCGUUUUCCACGCUGUUAUCAAGGUGAGGUUCAGUGACAUCAGGGAAGUAAUCAUUUUCUCUAACACUGUUCCUCCACUUUUCCCACUCUCCCAGCACCAAAUUAAGCACAUUCUUCAUUCAGUCGGGGAAGCCCAUGGGCCUUUGUGUCCAUCAGGAAGUCAGGCCUAAUUUGGUUUACUUGAGUUUUGCAGUAGAACCAAGAAAAUCUAAGUAGCGGAGCAAUCACAAUCCAACAACCCCACUGGUUGUAAUUUUGCUACAGACCAGGACAUACUCGCCCUCUGUUGUCUCUUCUCUUGCCAAAAAACACCCAGGAAGGAGUUUACCAGUGCUCUAAGUAGCGUUAAUCAUGCCACUUCCCUAUUUGCAUGAAGCUUGCCAUAAAUUGGCCUAUCCUUUAUGCUGAGAAGCGAAUGGCUGAUCUGAUUUCGGUAUUUGCAGCUCUCACUGUGCAGCCGGUACCCUGCAGGCUGCCAAUGAGUCUUGCAUUGCCCUUGCCACCUUUGGAGAAGGUUUUUCAAAAACCAAUAGAAAGGUUGCUUGUUUUUUUUUGCGAGGUGAAUUGCAGCAGACUAGUUUGUGAUUUGGGGGGUUCCUCUUCAGGUAUAGCGGCAUCACUGAGAGACCCCUUCAACACCGGGUAAACAUGCCCAAUACAUCCUUAAUGCAUGGUGCCAACACAUCUCACAGCUUCUUGGUAAGAGCUGGGGGUGGGAAGAAAUUGGGGAGAUUCAUGCUAUGUGUCUAGCAACGGUAAAGAACCUUUUCUUUCCGCUUCUAAAGGCACUUUUCGUCCCUCCGGGGCUGAUGCAGAUGCACCUCAGUAGGAAAGCUUGCGCGUAGACAGAAGCGCAAAGCUCUGUGGUGACAGAGAGCAGCAUGGAGAGAUGUUUGAAAGGGGCAAGGCAGGGGAGGAAGGGCAAGUCCACCUCCCUUGGGUCUGAUGACUGUUGGAGGCUUACUGCAGCGGCUUGCUGUUCAGAGUUUACGCCAGCAACCUGCUAGGACAAACCACGCAGCAGCCAGGGACCCCGUCUUGCUUUGAGAACAGGGAUCUGAGUAAUUGCUCCCCAGGGCCUCUGAGCGGGACUCAGCUGUGGCCUGAACUCCUGAGAAGCUACCAUUCAAAGACCUGAUGAAUAAUAAAGAACAAGAAUAAUCCUUGCAAAGAGGAAGGGUGGAAGGCAAAGCCACCUAGAGCAGAGGGAGAGAUGGGAGGGAUGCAGGGCAGCCCAGGGUGGCCUGAGAGCCUCCGUGGGUCCUGUGGUCUCCUGCUGUCUGUGAGGAGCUAGGGAUUUGGGAGCCAUCAAGGCAGGAAGUAAAGAGGAAAGGCCACCUGGAAGCAGAAAUUACCAGAGAUGUACAGACAGCUUUUCCUACAACGUGGGGUUUUGCAGAAGGUGAGGAGGGAUGAGACUUCACAGGUAUAUAUCAUUAUAGCUUCAGGGAAACCAUUUCACCACUUGUUGCUUUAAUCAGGGCUGUUACAAGGACUUAUACUGGCCAAGCAUUUGACCACUGACUUGAGUGGAAGCCCUCUGAGUAACAGCACCUGCCUGGAGAGCCACGCGGUCCUGAUCGACUGCCUGCUCUUUGCUCUUCUGGAUGCUCUGCACCACCAUUAGCAGUGACUCUGUGAGAGCCCUUGGAGGCAGAGCUGCUCUGAAAGCCUCCUGGCCAAAACCUCCUGGGAGGCAUCACAGAGUGGGAGCAGGAGAGAGUCCCUGUCCGGAAACCACAUGCCAAAUGCUGCAGUAAGUGAGGGCGAGCUUUGUGGUGGUCACAAGGACUCGGGGAGCAUCAUUAGCUGGACAUCUGUUGAUGUGCUAACAUGCUCAUGGUGGAAGAAAUGUUAGGCUGCGGUCCUCAGCUGUCCAAACAAAGUCUGAGGGUCUCUGGUGUGGUGUAUGCUCUGUCAGGCCCAGGACACCCUGAGUAGGAAAGUGUAAAGACAAAGAAGUGCAUCUCUGGGAUCUAGGAAGAGCAGCAGCACCACCUAUCACCAGAGAAGGAAGAAGGAGGGAGGACAGACAAACUGCUGCUCCUUCUGUGUUGCCAGUACAAGAUUGGAGCCCAGACCUCCUCGAUGACCAAAGAGAAACUUCGUUCUUCCAGCGGAAGAACCUGGUUUAAAUCUUUCCCAGCAAACUUUCUGCUAAAGGCUCCUGCUGGCUCUGUGGAUGGUUCCUUAUUUGCCUAUGAGCUAGCGUCCUUCACUGCAGGGGAAAUAAAACGUCACUUAAUGCCUCUAAAGCAACAGCUGGGUGGUAGAUGGCAGUCUACCCCAAGGUCACCUCAAGCUCAACAGGAACAGGACCCAGUUAAGGUGGCAACGCUUGUUGACUCAAGUGAGGUAGCCCAGUCAAUGUCCUCAGCCUUAACAACUUGGGAGUGUGGUUGUGGGGUGAUCUUGCUGUGGUGCAGAGCUAGCAGAGGGAGAUGGACAGGAUGGAAAGGAGAAGCUUUGGGGAAAGAAGGGCUGAGAGCUGAUAUUUCCAGUGAUAACGAGCCAGAAAAAAAAAACCCAACAAAACAGGUCUACAAGACUGCAAGAAUUGAUCAUCGUUUAGAGGACACAACUGGGCUGUGGGACCCUGGGCUCCAAAGUGUGCAGGGCUUUUGGCUUGCAGGUCAGCACAUAAGGGUUCUGUCUGUCGAAAAUCCUGGCACCAUAAGUACUGGUGUGGUCUGAACCACAUUUCACUUGAUUAUAAUUCAGAGUGAUGGUACAGAGCAACCGGGAAGUAGCCCAAAAUCUGUAAUCUCUUCCUGCCAAAGGCAAGAAGAAUCUUUCCAUUUAAUUGGAUCAGACCCCAAAGGCAUAACCAGGAGUGCUUUUAACUUUCUGAGAAAGAAAAAAGGGUUAGCUGAGAUGGUUGAUCUGCGUGGGUGCUGAAGUUUGUGUUGAUUUAUUUGCUGGUAGUUCUGAAACCGGAAUAAAAAUAAAAGCUUGGGUUGACCCAAGCUGAGCAUUUUUUUCUCAUUCUGUAUUUAUGGCAAAAGGAAAAGUAAAAUAUAUGAUUUUUUGGCUGAGGGAACCACGUAGCUUAGCUCAAAAUCAAAUGUUUCAUUGCUUUGAACUCUUCCUUACUCUUAUAAACUGGAUAUGCACGCUUACUUGCAACAGAGGAAGGAUCUAAAUGCAAUCCACUGCCAUUCUUGGCCUAACCUAGGUAUCAUCUGCUAGGAGGAUGAAGUAAACAGGUGUAGGACUUUGCAUCUGGUACUAAAUUUGGAAGGACCAUCUUUUUACAUACCCAAGUCCUCAGCCCAGUCUGUGGAAGGGGUUGUCUGUAUCUCCUUUGCUCUACACGAGCUACAUGAAUUCAGCUGAAGUGGCCCAGUUUCUCAUAUGUCCAGGAGCUGAGAGACUCAGGAGCUCAGAAAAAAAUUCGCGUUGCUUUUAUUUUGCCAUCUGUGCCUCGUCUCACUGCAUGCAGUUCUCAUGUUUGAACUUUUGGGGAUUCUUCCAGGAAGCCUUACAGCGAGCGCUGGCACCGACGCCUCCCUAUUCAUAAGGCAGCCCCUUGACCAGUACGGAUGGCUCCGAGGGAGAGGGAACCGUAUCCUUUCUGUGCUGCCUUGCACUGCCGGCUGGCCGAGGUAGCCAGGAAAGGCAUAGGUUAAUGCUAAUUGGGAUGCGGCCAUCUGUCAGACAGGAAACGUGCCAAAGCCACAUGGUGAUUUUUUAUAAGGGAAGGAACCAGUCGUUGGUGACAAUAUUUAGGUGCUACAGACCAUGAACAGAGUCAGACGGAUAUCUGAGAUGAUAAAGGUUCCCCCUGGAUAUGAUCUCCUGAGUUGUUAAGCAUCUCACAUUAAAUGCCUUUUCAUCCACUGUGAAACUCCAGUAUAACUGCUUUGUUUAAGUCAGGCACUUCUCUGGAGCAGAGUACCAUGAAAACUGACCUAUUAUUUGUCUUAUGGUAUUGCUCAGGCUCCAAGUUUGUAGGGACAUGUAUAUAAACAUGGUGGGAAACAGCCCAUUCCCCAAAGAUGUGAUACUUUAAGUGGGCAGGACAGGAAAAGCUGGGGGUGGAGGAAGGCACCUAAUCCCACUGCAGGUCUUGGACCCUGAUUUAUAUGGGCAUGUUGACGCCUAACUGGGCAGAUUGCAAGUUAAAUUAAACUCACUGGGUUGGUUCAGCCCCUUAAAGAGAGAUGCCCAGGCUUGUGGAGAAGCCCUGUGUCAUCCAGGCAGUGUCAAUGGACUCGGCACGAGACAUCUGGGAGAGCUGUACCUCCCUGGAUCAGUGGCUGAAGGCAGGAGGAUGCCCCAAUAGUUAGGGAGCUGAUCUGAGCCCUGCGGGUCUGAUUUCCACCUCGGCAAUUGAGAUUUUAGGAGAACGCCAGGCCCUUUUCUUGCUGCCUGCAGCCUACAGAGUGUGGGUGAAUCCUCAUAGCUUAGAAGCCUCAACAGCAGCUGUGCAUGAAGGACAGGAUGACUUCCAAAUUCUCCAUCAUCCUGCAGAUUUAAACUAGUCAGUGCCUGUCCUGUAACAUUAGGAAAGUGCUUUGGAGCUGGCAAGAAACAAACGAAAAAGCCUUUUCCUUUCUGCACUAACAGGCCAUGAAAAUAAAGAGAAGUUCAGAUUCCCACCCCCAGUCUCCUGCUGCAGCUCCCGUGGCAAGGACACAGCCCCAGCGCUCCUCAGGAUGUCUGCCAAGAGCUCGCAGAGGACGAGACCUGUUAAGGCGUGCAGGCAGACGACAGGACCUGGCCUCAGGUUUGGCGACCUGGACGGAUGACGGGACGCCGCUGCACAGACAAGAGAAGAUGCUGAACAUGAGAAAUAACGGAGUGAGAAGCUGAGGGAAGUUACGGAUAACUCCAUGAGAAACCAUCGGGUUUCACAGGCAGGGAGGAGAAAGACACUGAUUUGAAAACUUGUAGAAGGGCAAACUUGAGGAGACAGGCCAAAAUGAUAGGACAUUAUGGUUAGUAAGUAGUGUAGAUGGGGAGAAUUAAUCCAUCUGGCUGAUAAAUACCUAGUUACCAGGAAUGCUCAUUGAAUUAACUGAUGCCACCUUAAAAUGCAGAGGGGAGCAUAAGUUUGUCAUUCUUAUUAAUUUCAUUGUGCUUACCUACCUUUUAUAUAUUAUGAGGGGUUUUUCUCCCCUGGAGUAGCUGUUAAAGGGAGAGGACGGGUUUUCCACAAAGGAAAUGUCUUAACCAAUACCCUGGAGGUGCUCUGGUGAAUCCCUGCUUGCCCUGUGCAAUGCAGGAAGCAUCGGAGGGACUCAUCCACACGCUGUUUUCAGAGCGCCGUGGCUCACCGCCAGCCUCACGUGGCACCCUGCUCUGACUAUGGAGAUGCUUCUGAGAUGGGCAUACUCCACUUGUCCUAACCUAGACAGAGCUUUCAGGCUUAAGGCACAUGGCGGUGGGUAGGGACAUGGACAGGGAAGCUCUUCAGGAAGCCUGGAGCCUUAAAGACCUGUAUCAUUUCAGGGAAAAAAGGCAUGAUCUUGAAAAAAGGCAACUUUUUGUCUCUUGUCCUUCCUGUCCAUGGGAAGAGGUCUGGAUCCCAAACUCCUUGUCCUUUUCACUUUGCUCAUCGCUGUCCCCCAAAAUCAGAUGUCUUUUUUCCCACGACAGUGAGGGGAUCACCUACAGCUUAUGGUUCUCUGCUGGUCUCCUUGUAUACUCUUAUAGGCAAGCAGAGUUUUGAGAUCCUUGCUCACAAAAGAUCUAUAGUGGAAAAGGAAGACAUUUUCCAUGUAAAGACAAUAUUCAAGGUAGUCAGGGACAGAUCAGGCCUUUGGUGUUCAAGGAAAAUCUCCCAACUGAAAUCAAUGAAGGGUUGUGCUUCCAAAUUAAUUGCAUGCUUCUGUCCUUAGCAUCUGGGCAUGGAAUCAAAAGUGAUGAACCAACAAAGCAGCACUGAGCUGUUCCUGCGAACAGUCACCAUCAAUAAUGAGAAAUGCUAGGAGAAGUACUCUUUGAAAUUCAAAUCACAAGGAGCAUCGUUUAAAAAGGAACUCGGGAGAAGCAGAAAUACCAUGCACCACACAUUAAUUGUCAUGCAUGUGACAAAAUCCUCUGUAUUGCUGUUACUUAGCAGCAUCAAAUUUAUUCCCAUAUUAUUAAUGCUAUACCUGGGAUGAAGUAAUUAAACUGGCAGCCCAUUUCUUCUGAGCUAGAGGCCAGGCCUUCAGCUGGUGUAAAUCAGAAUAGCUCCACUGCGGAGACUUGGAUUUACAACCAGUUGGGGAGCGGAGCCAUUGUUUCUAAAAAGGAAGAGCUGGAAACGAAGUCAAAACCACUCUAUGCUGUCCCUUCUGCCCCAGAGUAAGGGUAAGUGGGGCUGAAGUCCCUGCUGACCUGGAACCGCUCCCAAAGCGCACUGCAAGCAAUCUGGAAACUCCUCCCAGUAGAUUCAAUAAAUUAAAUUUGGAAGGUUAAAUAUUUAAUGACAUGCUAGUGAUUUCUUCCAAAUGGGCGCACUUAGUCGCUGCUAUAUCAUAUUCCUUUCAUAACCAAAUUCAUGAGAAAUGCUUACAGACGUGUUUUGACAGAAAUGCUAUAUUACGUGUGCAGGAAAAGAGCUGAUGCAGAGUUGAUCACCCUGUCCUCCCCUUCCAAGGCUUCUAGCCACAGCUGCCUUUUGCCCACCUUUCAGCCCGGCUCCCAAUGUGCUUGUACCUCCGUGACAGCGGGAUGACUCCACCUGCAUCCACAGCACCUUUCACAUCGCGUCCCCAAAUAACAGGCCUGGCCUGUGGACGGGAGAAGCGGUCAGCGGGAUGGGUGCACUGAUGGCACGGCCCUUUCGAGUUCUGACUGCCCGGAUGCCAGACACAUCAUUAAUUCGGUGGGUGGCACCUUGCAGAGCACAAGAGAUUUGGGAAAAGGGAAAAUCUCACCUGGGCAACCUAAGGCCUGUUUGAAAAAAACACAGAACCUAAAGGAAGGAGCUUACUGGGAGAAGGACCACGUCUCUCGUAUGCAGACUAUGCCUUCCCGUGUUGUACAUGAAGGGAAUAAAACGUGCCUUUAUGUGGGCACAUGCAAGAAAAGUGGGGGUACGCUGAUUAAGCCCCAAUGCAAGGGGGAGAAGAAGGGUUUUGGCAUUUAAUUAGUCUAAUUUCUAACUACCGUAGCUGACAUCAAAGGAAGAUAAGAAGCGCCAAGUCUCCAAACGAACAGAGGGAAGGGGUUUUCUGUACAACAGGUUGCAGAUCUGUGGAGCAUCGCGCUGAAAAACACUGCGAAUAUACGGUGCAGGAGGAGAUGGGAUAGGUUUAUGGAAGAGGUUCAGUGAAGGAUGUUAAAUAGAUAACGUCUGGUUUGGAAAAGCCUGGAGCUGCAAAGGGCUGAGGGCUAGCAUAGGGUUUAGGAGAAGUAUCACCACGUUUGCCAUGUUCUUGUAGCUUUCCCUCAGCAUCUGCUUUUGGACACGUUUGGAGAAAGACAGACUUUGGUCUAAUCCAGGCCGGCUCUUCUUAAGAUUCUGUGGCAUCCCAAACCGUCAGAGGUACUAAGCAUGCAUCAUCUUACUGUAUGGGUGCAAAAAAACGUGUGUGCAUGUUCAACGGCCACCUCUUCCAGAUGACUUUUUUUAGCUUUUUUGCAUUUGUAAGGUAGGAUUUUCUGAGGGCUAUAUACCCAUCUUUAGUCGAGGCUGAGUUUUACAGGCACCAUCUGGCCCUUAAUUAAAAAUGGUAAAAUUUUCCAUUAAAAUGGCUUUUCAGCAGAAAUUGUUUGAGAGUUUGGGGUUUUUUUGUGGUUCUGUGUUUGAUUUGUUUUGGUUUUUUCUUUUCAGCAGGUGUUGGUUUUCCUUGAGAACUUCUGCUUUUAAAAGGAAGAUCGAACCCUUCUCCACAAUGUUUAGCUGUUUCAACUUUUCACUUCUUCAUUAAUGGAAAACUGCAGUGUUCAAGGUUCGGGGCAUAUUUUUAGAAGAAAUAUCACAACUUCUGAUGAAGAACCCUUCCAUAUUUCAGGGCUCUUCUGUUCUGAAUAUUGUGUACAACGAGAUAUUGAUGCAAAUGAAAAAGACUUUAUUCAAUUUAAAGAUGCGUUCCA